AUUCCUGAAUCAGAUCCAAACAGUCUUCCCCCACUGGAUCCACCUGAUGUUAGCCAGAUCUACCCAGUUCCUGCUAACAUCCGACCUGUUUUGAGCAAAUACAGAGUGGAGGUUCUGUUCUGGGGCGUCCGCGAACUGAAGAAAGUCCAGCUCCUCUCUGUAGAUCGGCCGCAGGUUCUCAUCGAAUGUGCAGGGAAAGGGGUGAAAUCCUCUGUCAUCCAGAGCUACAAGAAAAAUCCCAAUUUCAGUGUCCUUGCAGACUGGUUUGAAGUGGAGCUGCCUGAAAAUGAACUCCUGCAUCCCCCGCUGAGUAUCUGCGUAGUUGACUGGAGAGCGUUUGGGAGGAGUACCCUUGUUGGCACGCACACCAUAAACUGCCUUAAGCAAUUCCUGUUUAAGGCCCAGCUGGGUCCGCAGAACACAUCAAAUACACUAGACAUUGUAGAAACUGACAAUGCUUCCCCUGAGUCCUCCCAGGCUGCUGAGUUAUCCCUAGCAGAAGCUCCUUCAGCUGAUCAUAUCUAUGUUGAUGUGGAGCAUGGUCAAUCUACGGUAGUAGAGCCAGAAGCAGACCCUGCACCUCUUCCUGCUCCUCAACCAGAAUGCUCUGGCUCUCAGUCAGGGAAAGACAAAAAACAGAAGGACUUGAAAAAAUCCAUCCGACGGUCAACAAAGAAGAGAAGAAGAACAAUUGCAGAUGAAUCAGCUGAAAAUGUUAUUGACUGGUGGUCAAAAUACUAUGCUUCUGUGCUCAAAAUGCAAAAAGCAAAACGACUUUUUUCCAAUGAGGGAAAACCUGAGAACAAUAAGCAGACUUCUGACCACAUUGCAUUGAACGUAGAAGAGGAACCCGACAAAAAGAAGAAGGAUAAGAUGUUCAGAAAGAAACUGAAGGAAGAGGCUCCCAGCCUAGCAACACUGAAGAUUUAUGAAGGAGACUUGGAGAGUGAAUUUAAUAACUUUGAAGAUUGGGUGAAAACUUUCCAGCUCUUAAGAGGAAAAUCUAAUGAUGAAGUUCAUGCUGAAUCUGAGGACAGAAUAAUAGGAAAAUUUAAGGGUUGUCUGUGCAUAUACCCAAGCCCUGAAGACUCCAGUGUGCUGGAGGGAGGGCAGCCCCGUGUUCUGCAGGGGAUACCGCCAAACCACUCCGUCAAAGUCCUCAUCAGGGUGUACGUUGUGGCAGCGUUUAACCUCAGUCCUGCUGACCCAGAUGGCAAGUCAGAUCCCUACAUUGUGCUGAGACUGGGCAAAACAGAAAUUAAAGACAGAGAAAACUAUAUCCCCAAGCAGCUAAACCCAGUAUUUGGAAGAUCAUUUGAAAUCCAGGCUACAUUCCCCAAGGAUUCCUUGCUCACAGUCCUGAUCUAUGACCAUGACUUGGUGGGAACAGAUGACCUCAUUGGAGAAACUAAAAUUGAUUUGGAAAAUCGUUUCUACAGCAGGCAUCGAGCAACCUGUGGGUUGCAAAGUCAAUAUGAAAUAGAAGGGUACAAUGCGUGGCGAGAUGCAACCAAGCCAAGUGAGAUCCUAACUAAGCUUUGUAAGGACUACAAAAUAAGCGGGCCCUUCAUGAGACCUGGAGAGAUACAAGUAGGAACAAAGGUCUUCAAGGGACAGACGAUCUUCACUGAAGAUGAGAAUGGUAAUGAAGUNNNNUCAUAUGAACAUCUCUCCUUAAAGGUUUUACGUGCUUGGGAUGAAAUCCCUGGAGUUGGAUACAAAUUGGUCCCAGAGCAUAUUGAGACUCGGCCUCUCUUUCAUAAGGAUAAACCAGGCAUGGAGCAGGGUCGCGUACAGAUGUGGGUAGACAUGUUUCCUACAGAUAUGCCUCUGCCAGGACCUCCAGUGGACAUUUCACCAAGAAAGCCGAAAGGCUAUGAACUGAGAGUAAUAAUCUGGAAUACAGAGGAUGUAAUUCUAGAAGAUGAAAAUAUCUUUACAGGGCAAAAAUCAAGUGAUAUCUAUGUAAAAGGGUGGAUAAAAGGCCUGGAAGAGGACAAGCAGGAGACAGAUGUACACUACAACUCCUUGACGGGAGAGGGGAACUUCAACUGGCGCUUUGUCUUCCCCUUCCACUAUCUCCCAGCUGAGAAACAAAUGGUGGUUAGUAAAAGAGAAAACAUAUUUUCCUUGGAAAAGACAGAGCGCAAAAUACCUGCUGAGCUGGUGCUUCAGGUCUGGGACUUUGAAAGACUUUCUUCAGAUGAUUUCUUGGGCACUCUUGAAAUGAACCUGAACGGGUUCCCUCGAGCUGCCAAGACAGCCAAGAGCUGUGACCUAAACAUGGUUGUGGCAGUAAGUGAAGAAAACAAGAUCUCCAUAUUUCAGCAGAAGCGUGUCAGAGGCUGGUGGCCCUUCGUCAAGGCUGGGGAGCUCACGGGCAAGGUGGAAGCUGAAUUUCACUUGGUAACAGCAGAAGAAGCUGAGAAGAAUCCUGUAGGCAAAGCUCGAAAGGAGCCCGAGCCCUUGGAGAAACCCAACCGACCAGAUACAUCCUUCUCGUGGUUUGUCAAUCCUUUCAAGUGUUUGUAUCAUCUGAUCUGGAGGAAUUACAAGAAGUACAUCAUCAUCGGCAUCAUUCUGCUUAUUAUCGUUAUCUUCUUGGUGCUCUUCAUCUACACUCUGCCAGGAGCGAUCAGUCGUAGGAUAGUCGUAGGAUCGUCAUAGGAGCAUGGCUCUUGUUGCAAUGAACCAUACACAAAUGCUUCAG